AUGGAGCAGAGAGAGCCACGGGCCUGGCACCUCUGCGACCACCAGUCACGCCAUGGGUACAACGCUGUUCACACCCUCCCACCCCCACCCUACCCCAUCAGCGUCAUCACGGGCAUCCGCAGGAGGCGGGUCACCUCCCAGCGCUGCUCCCUGGAAUUUCUGGAAGAUGCAGUGGGCUGCGCCUCAAUACAGAGAACCAAACACGCAUCUGGGUCACCAAGACACAAAGGCCUGAAGAAAACACACUUCAUCAAAAACAUGAGGCAGUAUGACACAAGGAACAGCAGGAUCGUGCUCAUCUGUGCCAAGCGCUCCCUGUGUGCCGCCUUCUCCGUGCUGCCCUAUGGAGAGGGCCUCCGGGUCAGUGACCUGAGGGUGGACAGCCAGAAGCAGAGGCAUCCAUCCGGCGGUGUUUCCGUUUCUUCCGAGAUGGUCUUUGAGUUGGAAGGCGUUGAGCUGGGAGCCGAUGGCAAGGUUGUGUCUUAUGCAAAGUUCCUGUACCCUACCAAUGCCCUGGUCACACACAAGAGUGACAGCCACAGCCUGCCGCCACAGCCUCGGCCCAGCAUUCCCCGCGCUCCUCCAGGGGCGAGACACAAGCCUGCCCCUGCCCCGCCAGCGCCAGCCAGCACCGAACUAGGGGGUGACGGCGGAGACGUGCUGGAGUACAACCCCGACCUCCUGGACGACCCGCAGUGGCCCUGCGGGAAGCACAAGAGGGUGCUCAUCUUUGCCUCCCACAUGACCACAGUGAUCGAGUACGUGAAACCUGCAGACCUCAAGAAGGACAUGAAUGAGACCUUUAAGGAGAAGUUCCCUCACAUCAAGCUGACACUGAGCAAGAUCAGGAGUUUGAAGCGGGAAAUGCGGAACCUGUCAGAGGAGUGCAGCCUGGAGCCCGUGACUGUGGCCAUGGCCUACGUGUACUUCGAGAAGCUUGUGCUGCAGGGCAAGCUUAACAAGCAGAACCGCAAGCUGUGCGCCGGCGCCUGCGUGCUGCUGGCUGCCAAGAUAAGCAGCGACCUCCGCAAGAGCGAAGUGAAGCAGCUCAUCGACAAGCUGGAGGAGAGGUUCCGACUCAACAGGCGAGAUCUCAUUGGGUUUGAGUUCACAGUCCUCGUGGCUUUGGAACUGGCCCUUUACCUACCCGAGAACCAAGUGUUACCUCACUACAGACGCCUCUCCCAGCAGUUCUAGCCCAGGCCCCUCCGCGGGAAAGCGUCCUUGAUAAUGGUGUCUGCACUUGACGCACCCGUCUCCUAGGCCUACUCACACCUGCCCUUCACAGCUGCACGGCUGUCUUCAGUUUUCCUGGAGAGGGGUGUCACCUCAUUCCAAAGCUCUCGGCCCCCCAAGAGCACUUCUGAGAGUUUUCCUGGCAUGAACACACAGGCUCAGCUGAGCCCAGCCUGGCACCAGGACUUUGGUCUCUGUUGUGUGGCAGUGGAUCCCGGGCGCCCCCUUGCCUUCACUAAUCAGAACCAGGAUGGACCCGGUGUCCAGACAACAUGACACACCGAGGUCACUAGGUUCCACUGUGGGAGCAUCCAUCUUGGAUAUUCCAGCUAGAUGCGACGUCCCCCAUUCCCUGCCUCUAUCUGAGCAAGCUCCAACCAGGGCUCCCCAUCAGCACGGACGGCCCUGGUGUUGGACUAAACCACCAAGAGCAGACUCCUGCUCUGAUCCUUCUCCUCACUCAGGCUGUUCCAAUUUCACGCCACUGUGAAUCGCCCCGGCUGUGGGCUCAUGCCAGGACCCACCUCUGCCUCUUGCCAGAAAAAGCUGCUUACUUGUGACGUUGAACUUCAGGAAAAUGACUCUUGGCUCUUGACUUAUCCUAAGCAAUAUUGUAACAGAAAAAAACCCUAUUUAUUAUUCAGGACUUGGUUCUUUGGGUCUCUAAGGGAACAAAAUCUAGUUUAGAGGUCUGUUAAAGGUGUGCCUGACCUCAGGACCACCAAGCAAGGCUCGUGCCGCAGCCCUGGGCACUCAGCAUACGGAUGCCAUCUGGGCAAACCUGGCCAUGCAGUGGUCAUACUCAUGCUCCUCCAGGCUCACCAAUGUUCUUAUAGGAGCACUGAUCAGCCCAGCCACUGAGGCAGGCUGUCUAGGCUUGGACACUUGUGCUCCUGGACAGGGGUGAUGGCUCUGCCACUCACAGCCAGCCCUUGGCAGAGGCACAAGACAGCUUGCUCCCUACAAGCCUGCGCCCGUCCUCACCACCUCAGCAGAGUGGAACACAAAGACAGUCCCCCAUACACAUGCCCACUCCAUGCCUCCAUGCCCUGCACUGUGAAAAGCAGCAAUCCAGCCACCAGAAGCCACUCCCAUUACAGGCACUGUUAAGAUGACUUCCCAAGCUCUGCUUUAGUCUCCUUAGGACAGACAUUAGCAUUGAGAAAAUAGCUAGCACACAGUAAUGACUUGCUUGUGUAUGUGGUAGCAUUUAGUCAUUUGCCAAGCUGGUCUGUUUGAAACCCUGCUUCCCUAUCCUUUUAGAGGAUAGCCAAGAACUGCUGCUGUGCAGCACCUGAGCUGCUACAAUAAAGCCAGUACUUGGAAUGACAGCCUGCAUCUGCAAUGCACCAGACAGACCAAGAACCAUGACCGAAACCUGAUGGUGGCCCUUCCCGGUACCAGCAAGGGUUAUAGAUGUUUGUGUGUGAGCAAAAAUCGGACCUCAAAAUGCUUGAGCCUUUGUCAGAUUGUUUUCAAAUGAACGUGUUUCUUAAAGUAAAACCUUGUUUUGCAGUACA